AUUUCUGCUGCAGAAAAUAAUGGAAAUGAAUCAGGUGUAAGAGAGCUGCUAAAAAGGAUCGUGCUGAAAGAAAACUGGUUUUCUACAUUUCUGAAUGUUCUCCGCCAAACGGGAAACGAUGAACUCGCCCGAGAGUUAACAGGUGUAUCUUGUUCCAAGUUUAGUACUGAAACAUCCCAUGAAGAUGGUCCUGGAGUUAACGAACCACUUCUUUCAACUAUGGGUCAGCUAAAUCCAGAGAAAGAGGUCUCAGGCACGGACAACAAUUCACCAGAGUCAUCUUUUGCAGAUUCUUCUGUAGUUUCAGAAUCAGACACAAGUUUGGCAGAAGGAAGUGUCAGCUGCUUAGAUGAAAGUCUUGGACAUAACAGCAACAUGGGCAGUGAUUCAGGCACCAUGGGAAGUGAUUCAGAUGAAGAGAAGAUGGCAGAAAGAGUAUCCCCUGAGCCAGAGUUGCAGCUCCGGCCUUACCAAAUGGAAGUGGCCCAGCCAGCCUUGGAAGGGAAGAAUAUCAUCAUCUGCCUUCCCACAGGGAGUGGGAAGACCAGAGUGGCUGUUUACAUUACCAAGGCACACUUGGACAGGAAGAGACAAGCAUCUAAGCCCGGGAAAGUUAUAGUCCUGGUCAAUAAGGUAAUGUUAGUUGAACAGCUUUUCCACAAUGAGUUCAAACCAUUUUUGAAGAGAUGGUAUAGCAUUAUGAGAUUAAGUGGUGAUACUCAACUAAAAAUAUCAUUUCCAGAAGUUGUCAAAACUUAUGAUGUUAUUAUCAGUACAGCUCAAAUCCUUGAAAACUCCCUCUUAAAUCUGGAAAAUGGAGAUGAUGCUGGAGUCCAAUUGUCAGACUUUUCCCUCAUUAUCAUUGAUGAAUGUCAUCACACCAACAAAGAAGCUGUCUAUAACAACAUCAUGAGGCGUUAUUUGAAUCAGAAGUUGAAAAACAAUAGGCUCAAGAAAGAAAAUAAACAACUGACCACCCUGCCACAAAUACUAGGACUAACAGCUUCACCUGGAGUUGGAGAAGCAAAAAACCAAGUGCAAGCUGAAAAACACAUUUUAAAAAUAUGUGCCAAUCUUGAUGCAUUUACCAUUAAAACUGUGAAAGAGAAUUUUGAUCAACUCAAAGAACAAAUAAAGGAGCCAUGCAAGAAGUUUGAAAUUGCAGAUGACACCAGAAAAGAUCCAUUUAAAGAGAAACUUCUAGAAAUAAUGACAAGCAUUCAGACCUACUGCCAAAUGAGUCCAAUGUCAGAGUGUGGAACGCAGAAUUACGAGCAAUGGGCCAUUAAGACGGAAAAAAAAGCUGCUAAAGAAGGAAAUCGCAGAGACCGUGUUUGUGCAGAACAUUUGAGGAAGUACAAUGAAGCCCUACAAAUUAAUGACACAAUCAGAAUGAUUGAUGCUUAUAACCACCUUGAAUAUUUCUAUAAUGAUGAGAAAGAAAAGAAACUUGCUGUCUUAUGUGAUAGUGAUGAGAGCGGUGAUGAUGGUGAUUGUGACGGUGAUAAACAUGAACACAAUGUAAAGAAACCUUUGAAACUGGAUGGCACCGACAGAUUUCUCAUAACUUUGUUUUUUGAAAACAAGAAAAUGUUGAAAAAACUGGCUGAAGACCCAAAAUAUGAAAAUGAAAAGCUAACCAAAUUGAGAAACACUAUAUUGGAACAGUAUACUAAAACUGAGGAAUCAGCACGGGGAAUAAUUUUCACCAAAACAAGACAAAGUACAUAUGCCCUUUCCCAAUGGAUUGCUGAAAAUGAGAAGUUUGCAGAAGUAGGAGUCAAAGCCCACCAUCUGAUUGGAGCUGGACACAGCAGUGAGUUCAAGCCUAUGACACAGAAUGAACAAAAAGAAGUCAUUAGUAAAUUUCGCACUGGAAAAAUAAAUCUGCUUAUCGCAACCACAGUGGCAGAAGAAGGACUGGAUAUCAAAGAAUGUAAUAUCAUUAUCCGUUAUGGUCUUGUCACUAAUGAAAUAGCCAUGGUCCAGGCCCGUGGCCGAGCCAGAGCUGAUGAGAGCACCUAUGUCCUGGUUGCCCACAGUGGUUCAGGAGUUGUUGAACGUGAGAUAGUUAACGACUUCCGAGAGAAGAUGAUGCAUAAAGCCAUACACCGUGUUCAAAAUAUGAAACCAGAGGAGUAUGCUCAUAAGAUUUUGGAAUUACAGAUGCAAAGUAUAUUGGAAAAGAAAAUGAAAAUUAAGAGAAGUAUUGCAAAGCAGUUCAAGGGCAAUCCAUCAUCAAUAACUUUUCUCUGCAAAAAUUGUAGUGUGCUAGCCUGCUCUGGGGAAGAUAUUCACGUAAUUGAGAAGAUGCAUCAUGUCAAUGUGACACCAGAAUUCAAAGAACUCUACAUUGUGAGAGAAAACAAAGCACUGCAAAAGAAAUUUGCUGACUACCAAACAAAUGGAGAGAUUAUCUGCAAAUGUGGCCAAGCUUGGGGAACAAUGAUGGUGCAUAGAGGCUUGGAUUUGCCUUGUCUUAAAAUAAAGAAUUUUGUAGUAGUUUUCAAAAAUAAUUCAGCAAAGAAACAAUACAAAAAAUGGGUUGAAUUACCUAUCACAUUUCCUGAUCUUGACUACUCAGAAUAUUAUAUGUUUAGUGAUGAGGAUUAGCAUUUUGAUUCAAGAUUAUCUUAAAAUAUUGUCAAUUUAACAUUUAAUGCAUUUUUGAUUCAUGUUUCCUAUUGAACUGAUGUGAGAGCUAAUAAAAUAUUGCUCUACUUUGCA